AUGGCAUGGAUAAAAAACUUGGCUCACAACCUAAGAACGAGCGGAAAAGAUCGUGCUGCGGUUCAAAAAUUUGGAAGAAGAGCUGCAACGAUAUGGGGUGUCCCAGAUUCUUCAAUGCCAAUUUUACUUAACGGGUUAGAUAAUUUACCUCACAAAGACAGUGAAGAGACCGCUCAGGAAGAAUUGGCCCAAAUCGCUAUUGACCUUAUCCGAGCUGAAGCCGCUGCUGAUGAUCAACUGAAUCAUCCGAACUAUAAAUAUCAUCAAUAUCUUCAAGGAACAACUGCUGCACUAUCAAAAAUCAUGGGAAGUAUUGAUAACAUGCCAGCAUCACUGACAGCGCCUAGGCCUUUAGGCUAUGACAACGCAAGAGCAUUACUUCAUCUAGAUGCAGAUAAUGAACCUUCAAUAGAAGAAAUAUUAUUAAAGCUGAAGAAAGAUGACGAAAGAGAAGAAGUUCAAAGGAAUGAUGAAAUGGAUGUUGUUCCUGGUGAAAGAGGACCACAUAUAGUCGAUGAACCGGCCGUCGACACGAACCUACUAAAUUCUUGCCAAUCCGCAAUACUAAAGCAAUGCGAAUCGUAUUUCCAGAAAAAGCAAGAUUCGGAACUAAGGGGAUCCUUAUGCCCAGCCCCACUACAAUUGCUCGUACAUGGUGGUCCUGGAACAGGAAAAUCUUUUCUGACCAGAUGCAUUUACAAAAAAGCAAAAGAACUAGGUUAUAUCGUUAGAUGUGCAGCACCAACCGGAAUAGCCGCAGGAAAUUUGCCUGGUGGAAGGACGAUCCACAAUCUUUUUGGAUUUUCAAUCAAGGAUUUGAAGUCUUCAACGGAACUGCCUGAUUUAUCUAUUCAGGCUGUAAAUGAUUUAAAAUACCGUCUAAAACCCGAAGAAUUGAUUAUGAUAAUCAUAGAUGAGGUUUCUUACAUAUCACCUGAAUUUCUGGGCCAUAUCGAUAAACGUCUGAAGCAACUGACCGGAAAAAAAGAUAUUCCAUAUGGAGGUAUCGCAGUUCUGUUAAUGGGGGACUUUUAUCAAUUGCCACCGGUUGCAGCUACUUACACCCUCUAUAGUGCUGUUGUAAAAAUGUUUACGGAAUCCAAGGAAAUAGAACACAAUCCCGCUGGACCACGAUCCAGAGGAGCACAACUUUUCAGCAUGUGCAAUAAAUUUGACCUAACGCAGCAGAUGAGAGCAGCUGAAGAUGAGAGUCACACUAAUAUGCUCGACAAAAUGAGAAAUCCCAUUCAAGGAAGGAGUUACAUCGAUUCUGAAUGUGUAUCAAAGAUUAAAACGCUACAAACAUCAGACAUCGUAAAUGACCCACUCUGGUCAUGGGCACCAAUAAUUGUCACAAGCAACAAAGAACGUCUUGUGAUUAACGAUUUCCAGUCGAAAAGGUGGAGUAGUCAUUUUAAUACGCCGCGGUUUGUAUGGAAAAUUCCGCUGGUUGGUAACUUGGCUACUGUAAUACCAAAUGAGCUACACUCAAUUUUUUACGAUAAUUGCAAGGCUCUAAUUGGAUGUUUCGUCUGUGGUGCCCCAGGAUAUCUGACAAAAAACAUCAACCCUUCCCGAGGUCUAUCGAAUGGGACCCGAAUAAUUUACGAUUCCAUUACUUUAGAUGAGAAGGAGAACAUGCAUAGUGUGAUGGAGCAGCUCCUACUAAAAAGUGGCAGAGAUAUUGAGUUACAAUUCCCACCCAAGUAUAUUCAUGUCGAAAUUCCUGACGCUGAAGCAGUCAUGUUUGAGGAUAUCACGAUGACCCCAGGUACAAGUUCCAUUUCGUAA